GCUGCCUCCCACCAUGGCCCCCCUCGGAGAGGAGACGCCCCUGAUCGGAAACAGGUCCUGCAGCCUGUCCUCCAUGGAGUCGGGGACCCUCCAGGUCUACCUGUACCACCCGGCCAACACCCCGCGAUCGGACUCCGACUUGGGCGGCGUCCUGACUUUCACGUAUGGCGAGUACUUGGCAGAGGAGCUGUGUGUGGCGGCAGCCAAGGCCUGCGGGAUCCUGCCCGUUUGCCACUCCCUCUUCGCCCUGGCAACGGAAGACCUGAAAUGCUGGUUCCCGCCCAACCACCUCUUCACGGUGGACAAUUCGAGCUGCCAAGUCGUCGUCUACAGAAUCAGGUUUUUCUUCCCCAACUGGUUUGGGCCGGGGAAAUCGUACCGCUUUGGGCUGCUGAACGACCGAGCCAGCGCCGUGCUAGACUGUCCCACCAUCAAUUAUCUCUUCGCGCAGUCCCGCAGCGAUUUCAUCAGCGGGCGCAUGGAGGGGGCGCUGAGCCUGCAGCUGCAGGAGGAGUGUCUCAGCCUGGCCGUGCUGGACAUGCUGAGGAUGGUCAAGGAGAGGAAGUGGAGCCUGGAGGAGAUCUUCAGCAGCGUCAGCUACAAAUCCUGCAUCCCGGAGACGCUCCGGCACCAGAUCCAGCAGGAAAGCUUCCUGACCCGCAAGCGGAUCCGGAGGAAGUUCCACAAGUCCCUGCGGAGGAUCAGCGGCUGCCAGACCGACGAUUGCGCCCUCAAGCUCAAGUACCUGAUCGACCUGGAGAAGCUGGAGAGGACGUGGGUGGAGGAGAGCUUCCCGGUCCGAGCCCCCAGCGGCUGCGAGCGGGGCCAGGAGGGGCAGAGGGUCAUCCACGUGUCUGGGGAGACCGGGAUCUUCUGGAGCCACAGCAGGGACGAGAGCCGCCAGCCGUUCUGCGACUUCCCCGAAAUCGCCGACAUCAGCAUCAAGCAAGCGAGCCGGGAUAGCAAUCCCGUGGAGAACCGGAUCGUUACCGUCACCAAGACAGAUAACAGGAUCCUAGAGGUGGAGUUCCUCACGCUGCGGGAGGCCCUGUCCUUCGUCUCCCUCAUCGACGGCUACUACCGGCUGACAGCAGACGCCCACCAUUAUUUCUGCAAGGCAGUGGCUCCCCCCCGGCUGCUGGAGAACAUGGAGAACCAGUGUCAUGGACCCAUCAGGUCCGAGUUUGCAGUGAAGAAGCUGGCAUCGAACGACGAGGGAGACUACCUCCUUCGCCGCAGCCCGCAGGACUUUGACAGCUACUUGCUCACGGUCUGCAUCAAGACGUGCUUCGGACGGGAUUACAAGGGUUGCCUGAUCCAGAGGGACAAGGACGGGAGCUACUCCCUCUCUGGAGUUGCCAGGCGCUUCUGCAGCCUCCAGGAGCUGCUCUGCGCCUACCAGAACUGCACCCUGCACGCCGACGGGGUGGCCCUACGCCUGGGCACGUGCUGCCCUCCCCGGCCCAAAGAAAAAUCCAACCUGCUGAUCGUGCGAGGCAGCUGCUGCCAGCUCCCCGGCUCCCCCGCUGCGCCGCGCCGCAGCGUCAACCAGAUGAUGUUCCACAAGAUCCAGCCGGAGAACCUGACGAUGUGCGAGAACCUGGGCCAGGGAUCCUUCACCAAGAUCUACCGGGGCAUCAAGCGGGACCAGGACGACGACGAGUGCCAUGAGACCGAAGUCCUGCUGAAGGUGAUGGACAGCAGCCACGGCAACUGCUCCGAGUCCUUCCUCGAGGCCGCCAGCAUCAUGAGCCAGAUCUCCCACAAGCACCUAGUCCUGCUGUACGGGGUCAGCAUCAAGGAAAACAGUAUCAUGGUGCAGGAAUACGUCAAGUUCGGAGCGCUGGACAUCUACCUGAAGAAGAACCAGGCCGGGGGCAAGGUGACAGCCAGCUGGAAGCUGGAGGUGGCCAAACAAUUGGCCUAUGCCCUCAACUUUUUGGAGGAUAAGAAGAUCGUGCAUGGCAACGUCUCUGCUAAGAAGGUCCUGCUGGCCAGGGAGGGGGAUGCCGUCAGCGGCAGCCCCCCUUUCAUAAAGCUCAGCGACCCUGGAGUCAGCCUCAUCAUGCUGGCCAAGGAAAUGCUGAUCGACCGUAUCCCCUGGGUGGCCCCCGAGUGCAUCGGCGACCCCAAGAACCUGGCGCUCGAGUCGGACAAGUGGAGUUUCGGCGCCACCGUGUGGGAGAUCUUCAGCGGGGGCACCAUGCCCACGAGUGCCCUGGAGCCCCUGUCGAAACUCCAGUUCUACCAGAACAGCCUCCAGCUGCCGGCUCCCAAGUGGACGGAGCUGGCCAAUCUCAUCACCCAGUGCAUGGACUACCGGCCGACCUGGCGCCCCUCCUUCCGGGCCAUCAUCAGGGACCUCAACAGCCUGAUCACCUCAGAUUACGAGCUGCUGUCGGACCUGGCGCCCAGCGAGCUCCCAGCCAAGGAUGGCUUCUGGGGCUACAUCACAGGCCCAGUGUGCCAGGACCCCACCAUCUAUGAGGAGCGGCACCUGAAGUACAUGUGUGUGCUGGGCAAGGGGAACUUCGGCAGCGUGGAGCUGUGUCGAUACGACCCGCUGGACGACAGCACCGGGGAGCUGGUGGCCGUGAAGCGGCUGCAGCAGAGCUCAGCCGAGCAGCUGCAGGACUUCGAACGGGAGAUCGCCAUCCUGCGCGCCCUGCACAACGACUUCAUCGUCAAGUACCGCGGCGUGUGCUACAGCCUGGGGCGGAGGAGCCUGCGGCUCGUCAUGGAGUAUCUGCCCAAAGGCUGCCUGAGGGAGUAUCUGCAGAAGAACCAGGAGCGCCUGGACCACAAGCGGCUGCUGCUGUACGCGUGGCAGAUAUGUAAGGGCAUGGAGUACCUGGGAUCCCAGCGCUACGUUCACAGAGACUUGGCCAGCAGGAACAUCCUGGUGGAGAACGAGACCCACGUGAAGAUCGGGGACUUCGGCCUCGCCAAGCUGCUCCCCCAGGACAAGGAGUACUACGUGGUGCGGGAGCCGGGACAGAGCCCCGUGUUCUGGUAUGCGCCUGAGUCCCUGUCGGAUAACGUGUUCUCCCGCGAGUCUGACGUCUGGAGCUUUGGAGUCGUUCUUUACGAGCUCUUCACGUACAGCAACAGAAGCCAAAGCCCCUCCGAGGAAUUUCUCCGCAUGAUGGGACUCGACAAGCCCAUGCCGAUCAUUUGCCACCUGCUGGAGCUGCUGAAGGAUGACAGGCGGCUCCCUGCGCCCCCCGGCUGCCCCGCCGAGGUGCACGGCCUGAUGCUGAGCUGCUGGGCCUUCAGCCAGAGCAAGAGGCCCAAAUUCAGCGAGCUGGGGCCGAAGCUCGAGGCGCUGCGCGACAGCCGGAGCAAGGUCCGAGGAUAG